AUGGCUGAUAAUUUCGAGCUUUGGGAUGUCAUAUGUGAUGGACCUUUCGUCCCUACAAAACCUAUUGGUGACCCAGCUGUAACUAUUCCCAAAACAAGAAAGGAAUUCAAUGACGCUGACCGAAAGGCCAUAGAAAAGAAUUUUCGUGCAAAGAAAAUUCUUAGUUAUGGCAUUGUUCUUGAUGAGUACAACAUGAUUUCAGCAUGCCAAUCAGCUAAUGAGAUAUGGGAAGCUCUCCAAACAGCUCAUGAAGGGACAACACAUGUAAAGCAGUCCCAAAUUGACAUGCUAACCAUAGAGUAUGAGCUUUUCAGAAUGAAGGACAAUGAAUCAAUUCAGGGUAUGUACACUCGCUUCACAUCUAUCAUCAAUGAGCUUCACUCAAAGGGAGAGAUCAUCCCUAGGAACAAACUCGUCAAGAAGAUACUUAGUGUAUUACCUGGUUCUUGGGAAAGCAAGACUUAUGAAAUGAAGAAGAAGAAGGACAAUGAGAGAAGAGAGCUGAAAAGGGAGAAUAACCUGGUCCCCAAGGCGGACAUCAAUGACUUAGGUGGUGAGGAUGCUGAUAUGGCAUAA